AUCUGUUACUCCUUUCAGGAAGCAUCUGUCCCGACACUCGGAUUAUCCUUCCUCAUCUUCGGAGAUUCCUUUGAAAGACAAACGCGCUGCCUCCAGAUCUCAGGGGUGCGCCAGGAAGAAGAAGGGGGGGACACUGAUGGAAAAGUUCCUAGCGAAAAAUACAGAGUCGUCCAAGAGAGUGUUGGACACCUCCAUCGAGGAAUGUUUAGACUCCAGCCUGUCUGCUGAGCCCGUCUCUGCUAAGAAAAUCAAGCAGGAGGUGGAGGAGUCUGUAGCCGAGUCUUCUACCUUACAGGAGCCAUCUACAUCUGUCCCCAAAGUCUCUGUGAAGGUGGAGUGUCCGGUAUGUGAUGUUGGCAUUCCUGAGCAAUAUAUAAACAAGCAUUUGGACAGCUGCCUGACCAGAGAUGAGAAAAGAGAGAGUCUGCGCAGUUGUGGACAGAAACGGAGGCCGAUCACCAAAGUGGUGUACAACCUUCUGUCAGAACGAGACCUCCGGAAGAGGAUGAAGGAGGCCGGCCUGUCCACUCACGGCACCAAGCAGCAGCUGAUCCGGCGACACCAGGAAUACGUGCAAAUGUACAACUCGCAGUGCGACUCGCUGAAUCCACAAUCAGCUGCUGAAAUCAUUAAAGAGAUUGAGAAGAACGAGAAGGUCCGUUCAAGUCUGGUGGCCAAGCAGGAAAGUGCCAUGACUUUCAAAAAGGAACAAAGUGAGGAGGAGAUAGAUGAGAUUCACCAGCAAUACAGGAAGAAGCACAAAAGUGAAUUCCAGCAUCUCGUGGAUCAGCUGAAGGGGAGAAGACUGAAGAAGGUGAAAGAAGACCCUGAGACUGCCGCCAACGUCCCAGAUGAGUUGAACAAAGAAGAAACGGAGACGGGUGAAGGAGCAGGGACAGCCAAUGACUUGUUGUACGAGAACAUGGAGGAAUCCUUCCAUAGGAGGAGCAGUACGCCCGUAGUUCGCUCCAGUUCCCCCAUCUUCCCGCUGUCCCCGGACUCCAGGGUCAGCUCCAGUUCUGACAUCUUGCGGGAUAUAGAAGAGGCGUCGGUGGCGAACGCGUCGAAUUCAGCCCAAAAUCACCCCGAGCCCAAAACCAAGAAGAGGAAACCCGCCGCGGUGAAAGAAGCUGCGACUCGACCUCCGCAGACGCCCCGAGCCAAGCGCCAACGCAAGUGAAGAUCUGUGACCACCAGGCUGAACCAAACGCACACUGCUGGGGGGGGGGGGGGAAGCAGCAAAACAGACGCAUCCUGGAAGACUUGCAACAAAUACUGAGAAAUUACUGCAAUCAGAUUUCCUUAUUGUGUUUAUGAAAUAAUAGCCGGACUUCUGCACCAACGUUGGUAAAUGAAGUCCCAGAGAUUGUUUUUUUUUUUUUAAGCCUAUUCGAUAAGUUCUGGAAAAAAAUUAAAUGACCUAAAAUUUAGAGCCUAAUUUGGUGAUUUACAGAACUCAGGGCUGCGUGUGGCCUGAGCCCAAAUCAGUGAUCCAGACUCAGACUCGGCUGCAGAGGGGACUUCUAUAGAUACCUGGUCUAUUGCAGCACGGCCAGGCCAUCCCAUCUGAUCACGGCACCAGGCCAUCUUGUGGAACGUCGGAAGACGCGGAAGCAAAGUCCACAUGAAAAGCCUCAGCUGGAAGCUGCUCAUUUGGAAAAGAUCUUCAUGGUGUCCCCUAUCCUAUAGAGAUGUGACGUUCUGUCCAGUGCUCCUCAGCCAUCAGUGGAAGAGAACUUAGGGUGUCAAGGUGCCGGUUUGUGGGGGUUCAGAUUAGCUGCUCUCUUCUUGCAUGGAAAUAAGUUAAAGGGUUUGUUCACUUUCACCAAAAAUCUGCCUAUACAGGUAAGGGGUGUCUGUAGAUAAAAUCCACCUGUGCAGCAUUGGUUGGAGAAGGCCCUGGCUAUAGGUGCGGACCAUUUACAUACCUCCUGAAGCCUGGCCAAGAAACUUCCAUAGAUGGCAUCAUCCCAUCCAGCCGGGUUGCUUGGACAUUGGCAAGACCCUUCCAGCCAGGUUGGUAGGACAUUGUCAAGACCCUUCCAGCCAGGUUGCUAGGACAUUGGCCAGACCCUUCCAGACAGGUUGCUAGGACAUUGGCCAGACCCUUCCAGACAGGUUGCUAGGACAUUGUCAAGACCCUUUCAGCCAGGUUGCUAGGACAUUGUCAAGACCCUUCCAGCCAGGUUUCUAGGACAUUGUCAAGACCCUUCCAGCCAGGUUUCUAGGACAUUGUCAAGACCCUUCCAGCCAGGUUUCUAGGACAUUGUCAAGACCCUUCCAGACAGGUUGCUAGGACAUUGGCAAGACCCUUCCAGACAGGUUGCUAGGACAUUGGCCAGACCCUUCCAGACAGGUUGCUAGGACAUUGGCAAGACCCUUCCAGCCAGGUUGCUAGGACAUUGGCAAGACCCUUCCAGCCAGGUUGCUAGGACAUUGGCAAGACCCUUCCAGACAGGUUGCUAGGACAUUGGCAAGACCCUUCCAGCCAGGUUGCUAGGACAUUGUCAAGACCCUUCCAGCCAGGUUGCUAGGACAUUGGCAAGACCCUUUCAGCCAGGUUGGUAGGACAUUGUCAAGACCCUACCAGACGGGUUGCUAGGACAUUGUCAAGACCCUUCCAGACGGGUUGCUAGGACAUUGUCAAGACCCUUCCAGACGGGUUGCUAGGACAUUGGCAAGACCCUUCCAGCCAAUUCGAACCCCUUCACAUGCCUGCGCAAGUUCUCUCUUCCCUGUAACUCUGAGCUCAGUGAUACUGCAAUGGAGGAGAUAUUGGACCGCACAUGCAUGGGACUUUGAGAGCUCGCUCUUGUGAUGGCGGGAAUGUACAGCAAUGGCUUUAAUUCUCUUGGCCACAUCCUAGCAACAAGGGAGGAUAGGGUGAUGAGAUCUCUGGGAGUUUUUCAUCCAGGCUUCAAGAGGUAACCCGCAUAAGCUAUUUUUUUUUUUUUUUUUGGUUAAGGUCGAACU